AUGGAAGACAUCGCUAUUAUAAGGAGAAGAAUUUUCAAGAAUUUGGAGUUGAGAGAACGUGACAUCUCAGUGGAACCGGGCGUUGAGGACGCGCCUGGCCGCGCCUGGCCGCGCCUCGCCGUCGAGGCCAAACAUGCCCCGAAGCGGAGGCGGAGGCGACAGCGACACCGGGCGGCGGCGGCGGCGGCGGCGACCACUUCCGCCGUGGUGCCGCUCCCGUCGUCGCGUUGCUACCUUCCUGCCCAAACCGGCAGUCGGAGAGGAGCAGUCGUGCGGGAUACCUCGCCGCCGCCGCCACCACCUGCUCCCCCUCCUGCCCGCCGGCAGUCCGCUCGCGUGCCUGAAGAAAGGAAAACCCCCCGCCUCGCCCCGCGCGGCCCCGUCGGGGCCGAGCACCGGCGCGUAUAUAUCGCGGCGCGUGGGCCUGGCGCGCGUUUCUCCCGGCCGCCACCAUGCCGCCCGACCGCUCCGCCGUUUCAGGCGUGGUGCAGGUGCCGUCUGUGCAGCGGUGCUUGCUGGUGGCUGGCGCUUGCGGCCGCCGCUCCUCCCGGCGCGCGGCCGGCGCCGGGCCGUCGACAGCAGGGCCGGCUGGGUGGCCACAGUGCUGGCCGCGGUGGGGAGGAGCUCGUCCGAGAGUCCGCCUCCGGCCUGGCCUGCGUGCCCGUGGAGGGCGCCGCGCUCGAGCCCAACGCCUCCAGGACGGUGGAGGAGCCGCUGGCCGCGCUGCUCGAGCGCCUCCACGGGGAGUCCCCGCCGUGGAUGCUCGACAACUUCACGCUGGAGAGCGCGCGCGAGCUCAUCCCGUCGACGCAGCGCUCGCGCUUCCAAGCGCUGGCGGGCGGCGCGCUGCGGCUGCGCCUGGGCGCGUGGGGCGGCGCGGGCGACGCGCGCCUGCCGCCGGACGACUUCUGCACCGACCGCGUGCGCGGCGCGCCCGUGCCGCACCUGCUGGUGGCGUGCCCGUGCCGACGCGCGCUGUGCGUGCGCAAGUGCUGCCACGUCAAGCAGGUGUUCGCGGAGCGGAUGGCCGGCGGCGUGGGCGAGUGCGGGCUGCCCACGGCGGAGGAGGCGGCCGCGCACCCGCGCGGCGCGCUGCGCUGGAAGCCCGACUUCCGCCUGCCCGACCACGCCCCCGCGCAGCCGCCCGCGCUCUUCCACCUGCUGGCGCAGCACCCGCACUGCGGCCCCAACGAGACCGCCGUAGACAAGCGGGGAGCUUGGAGCUUGUCCCGGCUACGUACCCCUCUAUGUAUCUCUCUAUCUAUGUUUGUCAGAGACUGUCGUAGACUUCACGACUCGCUGCGUCGUACCGUGCGCAGGCAGAUGUGGGUGUACGAGAACGGCAGCGCGCUGCUGGAGCACUUCGGCUGGGGCGCGCCCUUCGCCGCGGGCCGCUGGUGCGGGGAGACGCUGCUGCUGGGCGACGGGCGCGCCGUGGCGACGGCCGUCUUCUGCCUGGAGGUGCCGGCGCCGGCCUCGCCCCCGGCGGGCGUGCAGACGUUCGGCGCGCUCUUCCUCGUGGGCGCGUGCUUCCUGCUGCUGACGCUGGCCGUGUACGCGGCGCUGCCCGAGCUGCGCGCGCCGCCGCACGCCAAGGCGCUCAUGUGCCACUGCGCCGCGCUGCUCGUCGCGUCGGUGGCGCUCGCCUGCAUGCAGCUCACGCCCGUCGUGCCCGACGACUUCUGCGAGGCGGGAGCAAUGACUAUUCAAUUCAGCUUCUUGGCAGCCUUCUUCUGGCUGAACGUGCUGUGCAUCGACAUUUCCUGGGCCUUCAGCGGGCUGCGCGGCCUUCUGGGCAGCCUCUUGGACACAUCGCGCAGAAAGUUCCUGUGGUACUCCCUGUACGCGUGGGGCUGCCCUCUCGUUAUCACCGCAGUCACAGUGGGCAUGCACACCGCCCACAAGUACAAGGCGCUUCCGCCGUGGGUAGUCGUGCCGAACUUCGGAGGCAAAGAGUGCUGGUUUUAUGGCGAGGCGGCGCACUGGGCCUACUUCUACGGGCCGAUGGCGGCGCUGCUGGCGGCCAACGCGGCGCUGUUCGUGUUCACGGCGGCGCGGCUGGCGGCGGCGCAGUGCGACGCGGCGCAGCUCAACCGCGGCGACAGCGUGCGCCACGACCGCUCCUCGCGCCUCUCCAGCGAAAAGCGCAGGGAGAUUGAGGUGAAAGGACUGGGUGAUGGUAGGUGGUUUUAG